AUUAAGCCCUCCAAUACUGCAACAACUGUGCGUGGUGGCGGUUUUGUCAAGAGAGGCACACAGAGAGAGGGAGACAGACAUCAAGUUCCUGGUCUGGAAUUGUGGCUGCAGCCUGCUUAGAGACACGACGUCCACCCCCUAACCCCACGCACCGACCAGGGUUCGCCCGUCUGGCUCUUCUCUGCGGUGCUCCCUUCAUUUUUGCCCCUGUUUUGCUUUUUUAGGCGCAGCGUCGUUCUCGCCCGCCCAGCCCGGUUUCAGGCAGCCAGCCAAGCACGGCGAUCACAUGCUCGGCGCGGAUUCGCCCGCAGCUCCCAACCGCUAGUCCCGAUCCGACUAGCCUAUCAUUAUUCGGCAAAUCUUUUAUCCGAGUAGUCUCGAGCACGUGACCACGACGCUCUCCGCCCGGCAGAAUCGUCCACAAAACGACGCGAUGGACGCCGCGACCGACUCAAACCCUCAACCGCCGGUCGAACCGCCGGCACCCUCGUUCUCAACCGACUACUGGAAUAGCGUGAACUCCAUAUAUCCGUCCAACCAGCCCCACGACCAGCCUUUUGGCAUCGGGUGGGAUCACCCCGUUUUCCAGCAACAUGACUCGCAUCCACAUCCGCAUUCCCAUCCACACCCGCACCCACACCCUCAGUCGCAGACGCCCGACCUGUAUGCUCAUCCUCAGCACGCAUGGCACCAACCUCCGAUCCAGCAGGGCGUGGUUACCGAGCCACAGCAGAACUUCGAACUUCAGAGCCAUUUUCGAAUGACCUCCUAUCAGCAGCCACCUCAGCAAUCCCCCCCCCCGUCCUACGAUAAUCCACCACAACCCAACCCGGCAUAUCCAACGUACUCCUUCGAACCAGCUCCCUAUUACCAGAACUCUCUCCCGGCCCAUAACACAUCGUUUGCACAAUCUCAGGUGGAUCUGCAAAGGGCCACUCUACAAAAUGUCACAGACAAUUCUCUUGAAAGCCAUCCCGCCCCUUAUGCCGCUCCUCCACCUCUACAACCGAAUAUCCAGCCGCGACCGGUUGCGUUCGCCUCCACAUAUCCGACCCCUAGCUAUCACAAUACCAUUGAUCCUCAGUUUCUUACAGCUACCCGACAUUCCAUGCUUCAGCCUGACCAGGGCCAGAGAAAUGUCUUCGUUGUCAACCCGGCAGAUCUUGAACGCACUAAUACUACGAGAAAUGUCCAGGUUCCGAAUGGCAGCGUGGCCAAAUCCACUGUCCUCUCAUCCCAACACGCAAACCUCAUCCAACCGCAGCUGAUUAAAAAUGGAAUCCCGGCGAUUCCCAAGCCAAUUCAACCACGUAAGAAAAAAGAACCUGUGGCCAAGGCGAAGGCCCCCGCAAAAAAGGAUCAGGUCAAAAUAGUAAAGCAGGAUGGCGAUCGCAUCUCCGACAGCGACACCUCAUCAGAUUCUGAGACGGAAGGAGCGCCGGAGCAGUCGCCUCUUCCUCUAUCGCGACCUACCGACCUCGAUGGUGGCGUCAAAUAUGACGCAAUGAAAAUUGUCUGGUUUCCGAGGAACCGACAGCCAUCAGCUCCCGCUAUACGAAACGCGAUGGUUUUAUUCUCAGACCUAGUAAAAGGUGUACGCGACGUUUGGAAGUCUCGGAGUGAGGCUCUCAAAGCUGCAGAAAAUCAAAAUCAAGAGGAUAAGAUCCCGGCAAUCAAAAGAGAGGUCAUCAUGCAGCGACGAUUGCUGGAUAUCAUCAUCAACACCACUCUUGUCAACGGCCACCCUUCUUAUGUUCAAAGGUACGUACUUUUUCGAUACUUUUUUCUCCUCCUUCAUGGCUGGCUGCUUCGUCAGUUUGUCGAUAGAAGCUUGAAACAAAAUGGAGAAAGGUUAUUAUGUAGCCAUGUCAAUGUCUGGACUUCCAGCAUGUCAUCUCAAUCUAAGAAACGAACGCUGCCAUUUCUAACAAGGGCAUAA